UCUACGAUUCUGGAUAAACACGAUUGUGACAUACUGCAAAGGGAGCCAGCAUGGAUUUCCUAAGAUUAUGAUUGUUUUCACUCAUAAAGACAAGGUUAAACAUGGUGAAGUUGAAACAACGAGAGAACAACUAUUUGGAGAUGUGAAGAGUAUGUUCCAUGGAUCUCCACUGAUGUCACAUUUGGUUAUUGGAGACAAAAUCUUUGUUAAUGCUAGAAACAAAAAGGAUCCAGAAAUGGUAAAGAUCAAAACAAGUAUUAUACGAGAGUCUACACUACAACAAACAUGGGGACAGAACUUGCCCAAAUGCUUUAUCCCUCUAGAAUUAGAAUUUGAGAAUCUUAUACGAAAGGAUAUAAAUGUAAUAACAUUUGACGAUUUGAGAAAGAUUAACACUCAUCAUCCUAUAAGACCAUUGACAGAUGCUGAACUCAAGGUUUUCCUGAAAUUUCAGCAUGCUAUUGGCAAAAUUCUAUACUUUGAUGAACCUGGAUUAAAUCAACAUGUUACACUUUUGCCAACAUAUCUCAUUGAUGCUUUCAAAUCAAUAAUCACUGAUAAAAGUUUCUGUAAAGGCGAAAAACUAAGAGAGGAUUUGUGGAAUUGUAUGAGCCAGAAAGGGGUCGUCUCCAAAUACGCAAUAGCAGAACUGUGGAAAAAUAGGAAAUAUCGCAGAUUUAAACAACACAAUGACUACUUAAUAACAGUGAUGACUCAUCUUGAUAUUUUAGUAGAACCUAAGAGAUAUGAUCUCAAGCACAAUCGAAUACCGACCGACUUUUACUUCGUUGCAAGCAUGGUCCAGGCUAAGGAUGACACUGGAUACCUUCAAUCUCCAUUCUUCAUUGACAGAAACAUUGCCAUAUCAUUCAAUUCCAAUUCUGCUAUAAUACCACCUGCUUUGUCAUUCAGGUUCAUCACAUACUGUCUCAGUAUUUUUGAUGUGAAGAAGUACGACAACAGAAACGACAUGCUGUUCCAUAGAUCUGCAGUAUUUGCGAUUGACCCAUCAUUAGAUAUGCAUAUUCUCUGUGAGGAUGAAAGAAUUGUUGUUCGUCUUGUUCAUGAUAGGAAGAAAGUAUUGAUAUUAAAAGACCUUGCUUCAAGUAUCUGUGAUUGUCUGAAAUCAGCCCUGCAGAACAUAAGUCAGCUUUACAUCAAAACUAGCAGUGAUAACUCUGAAGUUAGCAUAGAAACUUUUGAAAUGAACUUAUGCUGUAGUGUUGCAGAAGAUCCAUGCUUGCUAUCCAUUGAGGAAUUCAACAAAAUAGAAAGUACUUGGAUAUGUCCCGGACAUCAAUUGGACCAUGAAAAAUUUGUUUUGUCCUCUUGGAUAACAGAAAAGGAAACAAUGAUGGAGUGUGAAAGUAACUGUCCAGUUACGAAUGAAGAUUUUUUAAGUGAAGAUUUGUCAGCACUUCAUUUGCGUCGGCUCUCCAUACUUUACAAUGUUGAUGAGAUUCGCCAAUUGGUAGGAUAUCUUAACCUACCAUACACCGAAUGGGACGACCUCUUCAUUUUAGAACCUGAACCACAACUACUAAAAUUUAAAGCAUUAUGUCUUUGUCACGAGCAAUCAACACUCACAUUCAGGAAAAUUAAAAAAGCCGUAGAGGAAGGGCAGAUACAAAAUCCACACACUCUUUGCGAGGUGAUGAGAAGCUCAAGUGUAGAUUUUGAUACUGAUCCAGAGAAAUGGGAUAUGGUUCCUUCUGAUGAAGACAUUGAUAUAAUGGCACCUUUGAUUGGAAACAAAUCCUUAUUUUUUCUGGUUGAACUUGGUAUGGACCUCAAGAUAUGGGAUAAAAUCAAUUAUAGCCAGAUGAAACGAGAUUUGGUAAAAUUGAACAAGGAUAUUUUAGAUGAAUGGAGGCUUAAUUUUUGUAAAGCAAACAACGUAAGACCUACUAUGCGGAUGAUUGCCCAUGCAUACAAAAGUAUUGGAAAAGAUGUAAGAGUUAUUGAAACCACUCUGUUUAACUGACCGGAUACACAUUCGUUGCUCUUUGUUGUAACAUCGAUGUUUUAUGUAUAUGGUUUUUUGUGUAACAUCGGUGUUAUAUGUAUAUAUAUGUUUAACAGUUUUGAUUAUUUCACAUAGACGUAAAUUGCUUUCACAAAUGAUUUUUUUUUCAAAGGAUCUGUAAGAAAUAUGCAAUUAAGAAUUUUAAUAAUAAAUUAAAAGAAUGGAGUAAAACAAACAAAAUAAGUAUUAUAGACUACAAAUACUAGACAGACAUGAUUUGAAAUGAAAAUCUUAACAAAUUUGAAAGUAUGACGCGGUUUUUCUUUUGUUUUUAAUUCUUCAUCACUAUUUUUCAUUUACAACAUAUCAUGUAUUGUUUUUUUUUU